AUGACAAGGGAGACCUCUGGCCCAAAAUGGUUUGACAUGCCUGCGCCAGAACUGACGGACGAGAUCAAACGCGACCUUCAUAUUCUCAAAUCUCGUUCGGUGCUGGACCCAAAACGGCAUUACAAGAAGGGCACCCUGAACAACCCGCCAAAGUUCUUCCAGAUGGGAACAAUCAUCCAAGGCCCCAUUGAAUUCUACUCCAGCCGAAUGACGCGCAAAGAACGCCGGGACAACAUCGUCGAGGAAUUGAUGGCCGACACGGACUCGCGAGCGUAUUUCAAGCGCAAAUUCUUAGGCAUCCAGGAAGAGAAGGACCAGUUCACAAAGAAGGGAUGGAAGAGGCGGAAGGAGCGGAAGUAA